GUAUCAGUAGUUUGAGGAAAUAGGAAGUCAGUCCAGUAACAUUUAGCACAAAGACUAAAAACAAAACAAAAGGCGUUUGUGAAUGAUGGCAGGAAUAAAAGCUCUUGUUGCGUUAUCCUUCAGUGGUGCACUUGGACUGACUUUUCUCCUUUUGGGAUGUGCACUGGAACAUUUUGGAGUGUACUGGCCAAUGUUUGUCCUGGUCUUCUACAUCCUGUCACCUAUCCCAAAUUUAAUAGCCAGAAGGCAUGCAGACGACUCUGAGUCAAGCAAUGCAUGCAGGGAGCUUGCAUACUUCUUAACCGCUGGAAUUGUGGUGUCAGCAUACGGGCUACCCGUUGUGCUUGCACGAAAAUCUGUGAUCCAGUGGGGCGCCUGUGGCCUGGUAAUGGCAGGCAAUUGUGUCCUUUUUCUGACCAUUCUGGGUUUCUUCCUGAUAUUCGGAGGUGGAGAUGACUUUAGCUGGGAACAGUGGUAAAACCUAUCCGGAAGAAGAACAUAACUACAUUAUAUAUUACGAAACUUUAAAUAGCUUGCCGUGGCAAUGCUGAUUAGCCCAGGCCUUGACAGAGACUGUGUCCAUUGCUUUGUUUUACUCUGGGUUAUGGCUGCUUUGGUGCUCUGCUUCUGCCUUUUCAUUUGCAUUACAUAUGCAUGGCCCUGUGUAUACAAUCAUUUGCUUAAAAACGGUAAUUAUGAAGUUGCAUUUAUAGAAAUAUUGCAUUUAAACUUGUUUGAACAGCAAAAAGGGUAAAUCUCACAAAACCUGUAUAGUGCAGUUUGGCUCAUAUUUACUCAAAUCAAAAGCAAAAAACAAUCAAUUAUGAUUUGCUUAAAUAAAAUGAAGCCUGUGUUUGGAACAUUUAAGAUUUUUUUGUAUUAAGUUUAAAAUUAAGAUUUCUUCCCCAUCCCAUCAACAGAUGUGGGGGGUUUUUUCAACACAAUGCAAAAAUUAUUUAUUAUUUGAUAUAUUAAAAACAAAUCAUUUGAUCGCUGUCAUUUUUUUUAAAUUUUGCGGUAUUACACAAGAGGUUCGCAAUCAUUCGGAAAAAGUCCUAAAAGUAGGCUUCUACACUGUUUUUGUGAGAUUCGUGCUCAAAUAAUUAAUUUUAGUGUGAACUAGAAAUCUUGUAUGCAAGCCAAUUAAACCAUCAUCAAGAUUUAGAAUUUAAUAAUACACAAAGGUAAGCAUAGAAUGAACAUUUUUCUCUCUCCUUUUUUAGCAGCUUGAAUUGUUAGUACUUAAUUAUCCUGAUUAAAUUAUCAUUUGCACUUGAUAUAUAGGCCUGGCAGUUAAGAGGCAUAAUGAAUUAUAAAAACAAUGCCACCUAAGAGCAAUGCGUUGUGUUUGCAAACAGAAGCACUGUAACCAUGGAAGUCUAUGGAGUGUUUUUGUCUUGUCUUGGGUCUGUAGAAACGGGAAGAAAAGUUUUAAAUGUGUGCAGAAUACACUCAUAACCAGCCUUUCAGUGAUUAUAGAAUGCUUAUUAUAGUUGCUUUUUAUUGGAACGGCAUAUGAUUCAUGAAAUUCCAGAAACAUUUUCUUACAACUGACAUAAUUCCACAUCAUAGCUUAUGAAACACUAUGACAUGAUUAUGUAAUGUAAUAUAUUGUAGGCUAUAUAGUAAAUUAAUAGAAUGUCUGCGAUCCAGUUUCACCUGAAAGACACAGUGUUCAAGUUUAAUGAUUGACAGUUUCACACUACUGCUGUUGUCAUUAAUAGUUUAUAAAGGAUUAUAAGUUUAUCAUUUUAUCCACUGUAUAAAAUCUUCCUGUUUUGUUUCUUCAGAGGUUAGACUGACUUGUAUAAGGGAUGUUUUUGAUAUACCUUUGUGAUCUUGUUUCAGCACUUUCAAACAAUAUCUAUUUGAUUAUAUGAAUUUUAAAAAAACACUUGAAUUUUUCAUUUUUUGUCUUGUCAUAAGUUUGUCUUUUUCAGUAACUCUAUAUAAUUAAGCGCCACUGUUUAUGUUUAAAAUUGCACUCUUUUUGACCAAUGUGACUUUAAAUAAUAGCGAUGGCUUCUGUUGAUGUCAAGUGCCAGACUACUUAGAGCAGCGGUUCCCAACCCUGGUCCUUGAGGCACCCCAACACUGCAUGUUUUGCAUGUCUCC